CCCACACCUACAGUCCAGAUAUAAAUGUUCAAUGUUUCUGGAAUUUUAUUCCACUUACAUCUCAAACUCUUUCUCUUAGCUGGAAAAAAAAUGAACAAGCUUGCAGCAACGUUCAUUUUGCUGGGAUUCUUCUGGAAUGCAGCCUUUGCUUCCUUCCAGGUUUACAGCAUCCCUAACCCGAAUGGUGAUUACAUCCAGCAGACAGUCACCAUAGACAAUGAGAAGGAAAUAGCCAACAUCCAUGUCCACGAGGGAGCCUGCUCUUCUGAUACAAUUUUUGACUAUAAGCAUGGAUACAUCGCCAUGCGGAUCUUUUCCCGAAGUGCUUGCUUCAUAAUGAAGAUGGAAAAAGGCUACAUUCCAGAAAUUAAAGAAAUUGGGCGGUUGGCUUAUGAGAAACAGAUGAUGCGUCAAAUGUUGUCAGGAAGAAACAUAUGGGUGAAAUAUGAACCUGCACAUUCUUUCUUUGGAGACAUCAAAGAGUGGUUUGUUUUUGGUAAAGCCAUUGAGCACCUCUGCAAGAAUGUACCUGUUUAUAAAGUUGAAAGAGUUGAGCAUGGUGGCGUACGUGCCAGUACUUGUGUCAAUGCUGGCAUCUUAAAUAUUUUGGGUAUUAACAUUUGUGGAAAUAACAACCGGUAGUAGCCUUGGAAUCUCUGAAGAUGUCCUGCAACAAUUUCAAUCCAACAAACAAGCUUCUUCCACCUCUGAAGAUAUUCCUAGUUGUUCAAGCACCUUAAAACUUUUGUGCUUUCCUUAAAUUUUGAGUUGCAACCCAACCUACAAAUCUCUAAUAAAGUGCAAUUUUCAACCAUC